CACACAGCAGGCUGGUGCUGGUGCUGCUGCUGCUGCUGUUCGCUCCGGGAUCGCCCGGGUGGGAGAUCGGCUCGGUUGAGCUCACGGUAGGGAGAAGUCGCCCGUCGUGGGAGUGGGGAAAACGCGCGCGGUGGUGCGUGCGCGCGAGUAGUCGCGCGGACCGUUGUCAGUGUCAGUUGGUUCGCCGCGGCGGCUAGUGGUGUCGUUGACGUGUUACUGACUUCGUUCCGGUCAACAUCUUACGUUUUUGCGCGUAACACUCGCCUCAAACGGCGCUUCACGAACCUUGCGAGACGUUCCUCUCGGUCUCUCUCUCUCUCCUCUCUCUCUCUCUUUCUCUCUCUCUCUCUCUCUCUCUCUCUCUCUCUCUCUCUCUCUCUCUCUCUCUUCCUUCUUCUCCGUCUAUCUCUCUUGUUCUCUCCCCGGUUCCUCGCCGGCGAACCCGCGAAGCAACAGCGGCGACUCGUGCGAACCGACGAACGGAGAGGAGGGGAAGAAGAAGAAGAAGAAAAAGAAGAAGAAGAAGAAGAAGCAGAGGAGUGCGAUCGGGGUGGGACCGAUUGUCGCGAAACUUCAGCCGAAGCGGGCCCGGCCUGUGCCUGCCCGUCGUCGUAUGAACGCAGAGACGGGCGGCGAGACGCACGGACGCGCGCGAAUAUCGCCAAGUUCACGGUGUUCGGACUCUAUCUAUCUCUCCUUCUCUUUCUCUCUCGCUCGCUGAUCGUGCGCGCGCGCGCGCGCGCGCAACGCUCUAAGCAAGCUUCACGACAGUGUCGUUCGAGAAGAAGCCGCGCGCCGGUCCCGCGAUUCUCUCGCGAGUACGAAUCGCGCGGCGUAUAACCGUCUGGGACGCGACAAGUAACAUCGCGUCCGCGGCGAUCUCUCGUCCUCUCAGCGUUUGCGUACGUUGACACCGAGGCACCAAAAGCAGCACGUGCUCCAAGUGCCGGGCCUCAGAGAGCGGGAGCGAACGACGACGGUGCGCGCGGCGGCUACUUGCGACCAAGAGAGGAGACGACGGACGGGGUCGCGCAUCGCGCGGCGCUCUCACGACAUCGGCUGGACUUUGUCGCGGACCGGAUAUACAUGUAACACAUACACAAACCUAUGCGCACCCAUACACGAGCGUUAGACUGCGGCUUCUCGGAAGAUUAGUGAAACGUGCCGUAGCCUAGUGUCCCGACAACGACAGGAGGGAGAAGGCUUGUACACUUUUGUGGCUCCCUGGAGAUCGGCGAGGAACGCCAGCGUCGGGUCGCUAUGAUGGAGUCGCUCUGCCAGGUGAACGGCAGUAAAACCAACGGUAUCAGCAAUGGCGGUCUCAACGAGGCCAACAACAACAACAACAACAACAACAACAAUAACAACAACAACAAUCACACCAGUAACAAUAACAACAACAACAUCAACAGUAACAGCAACAGCAACAGCAACGCCGGCGAUUGCGCCGACCCGCAGCAGAGGCUGGCGGUGCUGAGUUUCGAGCAGGUGCGCCGUCUGAACGACGUGAUGAACGAGGUCGUGAGCAUCCACGGCCGGGGAAACUUCCCCACCCUGGAGGUCAGACUGAGGGACCUCGUGACGGUGGUGCGUAGCAAGCUGGAGACCGAUCCGAGCAACGGAGGCGCCGGUAUGAGGGUACGCGACAUUCGGCUGAACGGCGGCGCCGCCUCCCACGUGCUGGCCACCGAGUCCCAGCCUUACAACGACCUGGACCUUAUCUUCGCGGUGGAACUAUCCAGCGGCCGCAACUACGACAAGGUCAAGGCCGCGGUGCUCGGUUCCUUGUUCGACUUGCUGCCGGAGGGCGUGAGCCGCAAGCGCAUCACCACGUGCAGCUUGAAGGAGGCCUAUGUGAGCAAGAUGGUGAAGGUGAACAACGACGGCGACCGGUGGUCCCUGAUCUCCCUCGGCAACUCCCGGGGCCACCGGAACGUCGAGCUCAAGUUCGUCGACUCGAUGAGGCGGCAGUUCGAGUUCUCGGUCGACUCCUUCCAGAUCGUUCUCGAUUCCCUGUUGCUGUUCUACGAGUGCAGCAAGUUGCCGAUCGGCGAGAACUUCUACCCGACGGUGGUGGGCGAGUCCGUGUACGGUGACUUUCAGGAGGCGCUCUAUCAUCUGCACAAGAAGCUCAUCUCGACGAGGCACCCCGAGGAGAUACGCGGCGGCGGCCUGCUCAAGUAUUGCAACCUGCUCGUGAAAAUGUACAAACCGUCGCAGCCGGACUACAUCAAGACCCUCGAGCGGUACAUGUGCUCGAGAUUCUUUAUCGACUUCCCGGACAUAGGGCAGCAGCGCGCCAAGCUCGAGAACUACCUGUGGAAUCACUUCGUCGGGCCCGAGGAAGAGACUCUCAAGUACCAGUACCUGAUGUUGCUGCACAGCGUCGUUGAGGAGUCUACCGUCUGCCUGAUGGGCCAUGAGCGACGGCAGACCCUCGCCCUGAUCGAGAACCUUGCGUAUCAGGUGCUCUGCCAGGAGCAGCAGCAGCGGCUGACGAGUCAUCAGCAGGCGCCCCAGGCGCCGCCAACCACCUACGUCUACGCCAACGGCUACUACUAUACGCCCGUCAUACCGGCGGCGUGCUACACGUGCACCUGCAACUGGAUGGCGUGCUCGUCGUGAUGCGACGGCAUCGAUGCCGUGGACGCCGCCGCCGCCGCCGCUGCCGCUACCGCCUCUAUCGUCACCACCACUACCACUACCACUACUACCACGACCACCGCCACCACCAACAAUAAGCAGAAGAACAACAAUACCAACACCACCAACACCAACACCACCAC